UCAUAAUGUUUUCUCCCACCGCUUCUUCAGGCCCUGUGAUUAAUAAUAUUGCUGCUGGGAACUGGCAAGGAGAUUUGGUCGUCAAAUUACUGUUGAGAGAUAGGCGAGAAAAGGCAUUUAAGGACUUUGUAGAGUCAUACAAUUCUCUCGUCCAGAAACUCGGGAAAUUUGCCGAUAGAAAUGCAGAAUUAGAACUUUCCGAAAAGACAGCAACUGAAAAAAACGCCAGUUUAUCCCGAGAGAUCGAGAUUUUAAGGGAACAAGGGAGCCCAGUAAAUCAGAAAAGAACAGCAGAGUUGGAGCAGCAGAUUCAAAGCCUUAAAGAUGAACGUGCUGACUUAUAUAAAACUCAAGGAAUGAAUGCACAACGAUUGUUGGAUGUAAAUGAUGUUUUGCGUAAUCACGAAGAGACGGCUAAAAAGAACAAAGAAGAAAUUCAAAAGUUAACUGAAGCAAAUCAAACUUUAACAAAUAAAGUUGAUCUUCAGGUUCAAGUCCUUCGUGAGAAAGACGUUACUAUUCAG